AUGUCGACUGCUACUACUGAAACGCGAAAAAUGAAGCUCCUAUUUUGCCCGAACGAUGAGAAAAUUAUGGUGAAAAUUCGCGCUGAUGGCCUUCGGAGUCGAAUGACGCGAUCCGACGCGAACAGUCAGCAUAUUGAAACUGCACCAUCGUCGACUUCGAGCCUUCAGGAAACCAUUGAAGAAGUCGCUCGGUGCUCUUUGAGCAGAUCCUCUGAGACAACUGAGCAGAUUCAUAAAGAGGCAACGAUUCCAAAAAGUGUCGCAAGAUGGAAGAAAAUGAUGGAGAGGAACCCAAAUUGCGGAAAUUUGAAAUAUCAUGCGCCGAGGAAAUUCCACGCGCAGAGCACAAUGGUUGAGAAUAAAAAUCGAUGGAGCUAUCAGAAGGCGUGUGAGAUUAAUGAAGCCGAAAAAGACGCGGAGGGGCAAAUGUACUAUAUUGCGGACCCGUUCCUUCCGAUGCCUCGAACCGAAUAUGGCGAAUCGGCGGCUAUUCGAAUGAAUUAUGCCGCACAACGAUUGGACAAUCGGCGAUUUAGAUGCGAAAUGCGAUAUUUUUUGCCGUCAAAAGAAAUGCAACAACGAAUCACCUAUAUCGAUGCGGACGCCGAAGAAGAGUUGCCGAUAGCGUUGUUCAAUUGCGCCGUGUGCAAAACGUCGACGAAACUCGAGACGUUCUCAUGA